GAGUAAACCACAGGCCUGUUGUAGUGAGACGGGUGUGAAAGGUGAACGUCAGAGCUGUGAGCAGUAGGUGGCGCUAGCGAGAACGCCGGUAGCCUGGAUGGUGUCUGCAGCAUCCUCCGCGGCGGCUGCUUCAGGAAGCUUUCAACCUUCGGCUCGCAUUUAAAGAGAAAUAUGGCCGCUGCUACUCUGCACUCGUUCAACGCCUUCCUCACGGAGAGGCUGACCGCUGCUGCCGUGGACAUCUAUGGGUUCGUUGAAAAGACGGUGGUGGAGUACCAGGAGGAGGUCUACCGAACCCAGCUGGAGAACCAGAGGCUGCAGCGGAUGCUGGACCUGGUCUACAAACCGGAGAUAAGGCUCCACAGGGCAGAUGCCAAACCUCCAGUAGCUACGUCCACAGAAGAAGUUGCUUCUAAGCAGCAGGAGUUGAGCGUGGAGCAGCCGGGGGGUUCAGAGGUCAAAGAGGAACAGAGCGAGGAGCAGAGGGAGGAGCUGUGGAGCAGCAGUGCGAAGGAGGAGGCGUCCAUGGAAGACAGCGACGACGGCGACGCCUUGACCAGAGAGCUGAUCAAAACCGUCCAGCAGUUGGAAGACUGCAGAGCGGCGGAGGAGAGCAUGGGCUCCCAGGAGACUUUUCUAGAAGAUCCUAAAUUGCCGGAGGAAAAGACAACCACCACGCUGUACCGCUGCCACAUCUGCAACUACAUCUUCACCAAAAAGAUCGUGCUGACAUGGCACCUCAAGAUGCACGAGAGCAAGGCCAAAGACGGCAAGGGCAACUUCGACUGUCACAUCUGUGGCAAGCACAUCCCCUGCCAGAGCAACCUGCAGAACCACAUGAGGGUCCACACUGGGGAGCGGCCCUACAGCUGCCAUUACUGCGGCAAGGGCUUCAAGCUGAAGGGCCACAUGACCGAACACCUGAGGACUCACACCGGAGAGAAGCCCUUCAGCUGCCACAUCUGUGACAAAUCCUUCAACCGAGGCUCCACCCUGAGGAAACAUGUGUUGGCGAAACAUAAGGAGCAGCGGCCGUACCGCUGUGACUUUUGUUAUGAGUUAUUCACUGAGAAGCUGCUGAUGAAGAGACACAUCAGGAAAGUCCAUAGUGUCAAAGCCCAGUCUCCCAGUCAGAGCCAGGCCUAGCUCAGCCUUAACGGAGCUUCUGGAACUUUGGCGCUAUACAUCCUGAAAUCUUUCACAAUGUUACCUUGAUGACUUUAAUACUGACUUUAACGUUUAUGUUGAAUGUUUUCUUAGCUUAUAUGUGGACUUGUAAACUAUCUUAUGUUAUUAAACUAGUGGACGUAGAGUUUUACAGUUGGCACCGGGCCUGGAGACAACAUGAAGUUUUAUCUGUUAAGGAAUUAAGUUUGUCUCAGCUGCUAUUCACUGUCAAACCUGUUUAAAUAAAAACCCGUUUUAUUAUCGUC